AUGAACCACACUCAGCCGUACAUGGACGUUCAUUCCCAUCUGUCCUCUGCCCAACCAUACGCUUCGCAGGCUGCCACCGCCGGAACUAUGUCCCACUAUCCAUACCAGCAUCAGCCGCCCGUCUUGCAACCAGCUUCCAGCUAUGGCCCGGCAUCUUAUCAGCAAUACGGCUACCCCAAUGGCGUGACGUCCCCGCCGACUGGCCAUGCGCCGCCAGCGAGCUCCAUGGGUGGACAAAUGCCUGCGCAGUUGUUGCCGCUUCCUCAAGUAAGCCCAGUGAGCAACCACCCAGUUGCUGCUCCGUCUGGAUACGGAAACAGCACUGGAUCGCCAUUGCAAGGGUUUGUGUAUGAUCCCACGGGUCAGAUCGCGCCCCCGGGAGCUAAGCCACGGGUUACCGCAACGUUAUGGGAGGAUGAGGGCAGUCUUUGCUACCAAGUUGAGGCCAAGGGUGUGUGUGUGGCUCGGCGAGAGGAUAACCACAUGAUCAACGGUACUAAGCUGCUUAAUGUGGCUGGAAUGACUCGUGGUCGUCGUGACGGUAUUCUGAAGAGCGAGAAGCUUCGCCAUGUGGUGAAGAUCGGACCGAUGCAUUUGAAGGGUGUUUGGAUCCCAUUCGAACGCGCUCUGGAGUUUGCUAACAAGGAGAAGAUCACCGAUCUUUUGUAUCCGCUCUUCGUGCACAAUAUUGGCGGUCUACUGUACCACCCUGCCAACCAGAACCGGACCAACUCGGUCGUGCAAGAAUCACACCAUCGCCGCCUGGAGGGUCUUCCUUCUGGGCCUCAACGCACCACCCCGACGGCGCCCCAGCACUCGAGUCUGCACCACCAAGCUAUGCAGACCCCCAUGUCCUCGCACAUGUCCCAGCCUCCUUCGAUGGGAGGCGGCCCUCGUCCCGGUCUCGAUCGUGCCAACACGUUUCCCACUCCCCCUGCCAGUGCAUCCAGCCUCAUGGGCGUGACCAACCAGGGUAGUUCGUAUGAGUGGGGUGGCCCGGUGCCGCACACACAACCAUUGUCAAUCGAUACCGCACUGAGCAACCAGCGUUCGAUGCCCACUACGCCUGCCACGACGCCUCCUGGCAACAAUCUGCACAGUAUGCCGCCGUACCAGGGGCAACCCGGAUAUGAAAGCAAGCCUUAUUACUCCGCGGCCCCUCAGUCUCAUUCUCAGUACGCCCCGCAGACCCCCAUGACACAGUCCGGAAUCUCCAACUACGGUCAAUCUCUGCCCACGAUGAACUACUUGAAGAACGAGAUGGCUCCUCCGACAGGUCGGGCUCCCGAGACCGAAACUUCUGAUCUGAAGUCUGACCGGUAUUCCCAGAGCAAUGGGUCUGAUCGCUACCCUCAGGCCAAUGGUCCCGGUGAUGCGGUUCAGGAGGCUGAGCCGGAGUACCUGCAGGACCAGGGGUCCGCCUAUAACAACCGUGGUUCCUACACCUACACCACCAACCCGUCCGUGGGCUCAAUCAACGGCGAGCACUCUCAGUUGACGCCUGAGAUGACCGGGUCUCCCCAGCAGAAUGGUUCGGGCCGCAUGACCCCGCGCACAAGCGUUAGCGGGCCAAGCCCUCACUGGGCCUCGGGAUAUAACACACCUCCUCGUCCUCAAGCUGCCACUACGCUGUACAACGCCGUGAGUGACACUCGCGGCACACCUGCGAACGUUGCCUCCGAUCCCUACUCCAUGGCGUCAACCUCGACUCCCGUCUACGCAACCACCAUGAACGGCAACAUGGGCUCGGGAAACAAGCGCAUGCGCGAGGAUGAUGAUGUUGUACGGACCGACAGUGGCAGCGAGUAUGAAACUAAGCGCCGUAAGACUAUUACCGAGGCUACGCUUGGAGGUCCCGUGGGCGGUGCUCCUCUUCUGCAACCCAUGAAAACCGGUGGGGUGAUGGCUCGUCGCCGAUGA